GACGAACUUCCUGGUCACACUUUCUCGUAAAUCCCAGUCCCCUUAUUAAUGGGUAUGUUUGCUCCUGCACAGUCAACAGAGAGGAGGACGCGGUGUGAAAGCACAGGCACACACUCAACAUGAGAAGAAAGAGCAAAUUAUCUGCCUGGACAAAGCUGACACACAGCUAGCAUGGUUGAAGCCAGAUAAGAAGAGUAACUACAAAUGCUAUACUCUGUGAUACGCAUAGCCCAAGGACGUACGAGGAAGGCAAACACAGGAGAGACUGGGGACUAGGUGCAGGCUUUGGAUGGCAUUUGUCAGAGCCAGGACAAGGAUCUAAAGAGAUUUGAACUGGAUAUACUUUGGGAUAUCAUGUCUUGACUACAAAAAGGAAUUAUUUGCGGAUUAGCUGCAGCGGCACGUCAGAAAUAAAGGCCUCCUCUGAUGGAGCACUGUUUAAUCCACUAAACCUCCCUGACCGCGACGAGCUACGGCAGAGGGUGACGUACGGAAGAAAUCAAAGGGGAAAACCACUUAGCUAACUGUUGACGAUAAAUGUAUCAAAGGCUAACGUUGCGAAAUCGCUGAAUUUCCCUUUGCUCCUGCGGAGGAUGGCUCAGUCAAAAUAUCGCCGAGCAGCUGUGAUAACGCUUGUUCCAGCCCUUCAGUUUUUCUUCCUCUCUUUUUCUGUUCAACAGGACGCUUUAUUCACAAUUGAAGGGAUUUAUGGGAUCACAAGUUUCCUCUGAUGAGAUGAGUGUGCGUGCUGGCCAGGGCAGUGAUGAGGUGCUGGUUUCACAGGCAGUGUGGGAUUACCUGGCUGCAGCUGGGCGGCCCUGGCUCAUUGACUUCCAGCACAAGCAGGGGAUGAACGCUGGUAUCGUCAGGCGAGGAGAGAGGGGGGGAUGCUGCGCUGUGAGGCUGCAGCCUGUAGAAGGCUCCAGGAACGGUGGAGCUGGGGUGAUGGAUGGACCCAUCUCCAGCGAGACACGAAAAGCUUUCAUUGACUUAUGCCGCUGUGCCCGCAAAGAAAUGAGCAAACAGGAUGGGGGACCCAAGAGGAAGAGGGCUUUGCUGCCUUGUGUGGGACUCCUGGAACCAAACGGGGAGGGGAGCCUGCUCCAGCCUCCACCUCCCCAGCCUCGGCGCUCCCAGAGACAGCAGCAGAAGUUCAGGAAGCCUGUAGAUGAGGAGGCAUGUGCCAUGCUCCACGAGGCAGCCCAGAGGAAGGACAUUGACUCCAGCUUGGCGUCUCGUAGUGAGGCGGAGGACAAUGGUACAUGUUCAAUAUGCAUGGGGGACAUAGUAGAGAAGACUACCUUGGAGAGGUGUGGCCAUUCAUUCUGUCGCUCUUGCCUGGAUCAAGCCUUUAAGGUGAAGAAAGCGUGUCCUGUUUGUAGGCUUGUGUAUGGCCAGUUGAUUGGGAACCAGCCUGCUAACGGUACAAUGAUCGUAGAGAGAGAUCCUCAUCUGGAGCUUCCUGGCCAUGACGGCUACGGGUGUAUCUGCAUCAUCUACAGCUUCCCUCCUGGCCUACAGGCACCAGAACACCCCAACCCAGGUGUUCGGUACCCAGGAACUGACCGUGUGGCCUACCUCCCUGACAGCCCUGAGGGGAACCGUGUGCUGGGCAUGCUGCGCCGGGCCUUCGAACAGCGCCUUAUCUUCACCAUCGGUACCUCCAUGACUACGGGCAUGCAAAAUGUCAUCACCUGGAAUGACAUUCACCACAAGACCUCAUUAUGGGGCGGGCCCCGCUGGUAUGUAUGGGCUUUUAGCUGGAGGCAAAUGGCCACUGAGAUUAGAUUUGGUAAUAUUCUCAACAAUCUCCCCAACAGGUAGCAGGGAAAGAGGCUCAGAUGUGACUGACAGAUGUAAUUCAAGUUCCUGACAAGGAAAUGCUUUCAGUUGAUGUCCUUGGCUAGAUGGCACUAUUGCUGCCUGAGCUCAUUCAGAUGAAGUGAUGGCUUUUUUAUUUCUCCUGACAGUUUUGGCUACCCAGACCCCACUUACCUGGUGCGAGUGACAGAGGAGCUCAGAGAGAAAGGCAUCACGGCCGACUGACAGCAGGAAAAAGACUCUUCCAGGACUAUGUAAGACUUUCCGAGUGUCCUUGCGGUGGACAUGACUCAGCUCCAGGUUGUGCUCUGAGACUGCCCGUUCCUUAAAGGAUGGCUGAAGACGAGGCCCUCAGCAAACAGGCGUCUAAUGCUGCAGCAGAGCCCACUUCCCUCCACUACUUGUUCCUCUGUUUGUUCAUCUUUCCUCCAUAAUUCAGCUUAACCUAGUGCUACAGUUGGAGGAAAGUAGUUUGAGUGCAGUGCAUUCUUGUAUUACACAAUCCUCCACCUGUCACUGUUCGCAACAGGGCCCGUAUCUGAUGCACUUAUUUAAGAGCAUCGUGGCGUAUUGCAAAUCAUGGUACUUAUAUAUUAUUUAGGCCAUCUAAGUUUAAUGUUAUAAAGACAGGCGAUGUUAUAUUAAUGUUCAUUUCUACUCUGGGGAUAACAAUCUUUUUUCCUACAAGCACACAUACUUUGUUUUAUCUCCUCAGAAAUGUUUAAGUUGAUUGUUACUAAUUAUCGGUUGUAAUGAAAGUACUUGUGUUAUAAGGCAGAAUAGCAUUGCUUCAAUAGAAAUAAUUUAUUUUCAAGGGUUAUUGCAAUCUUAAGCACUCACAGGCACUUUUGUAAGAGAGUCUUUUUUCUCAGUGAAGUCAGUCAUAGUUUUUCUUCUACGUGGAAGAGUGCUCAGAGCAAACAGGUCUGUGCGGCUAUCGGCUCUAAGCUCGGUGGCUACAAGUUGAUGUCAAUUGCUUGGAACUCUUCAUUUGCAUUCGAUUUACUUCUCCCCUUCCGCUUUACUUAAAUAGGAAGAAUGUUCAAUUUUCUCAAUGCAGCACCUUUUUUUCUCAAUGUGCAUUUGGACUUUCCCCUGGGUUUUUGCCAUUGCUCACUCCUGUUUUUUUAAGAUGUCUCCCAGGUGUUGAGCACAUUACCUUUAUUGUGGGUAUUGAGUUCAUCCAAUUACCAGAUUUAUGACGAUGUCAAAGAUGAAAGGGCAUAUAGACCAGUCAAACCAAAUCAAAGGCACAAAAGCUCUUUAAUUAUCUAUGCCUCUUUCCCUGUCAAACUGGGAGAUUCGCCAGCUAAUCUUCUCAUUUAACAGAGAACUGUUGCAAAUUCUAAAACGAUAAUCUACGAUACAGAAAAAAAGGAAAAAUGUAUCUGGUUUAGGGUGGGGUAUUGAUCUCAUUUUGUUGUGCCUUUCCUACAUUCACUUUUGAUAAAAAUCUAGCAUGAUGUUACUACUGAAUAGUAAGCAAUUUGGGCAUAUUUCAGUGUUAAUUGAUAGGUAAACGGCAUUAUGUUUGUAACUAUACUAUCUGGCUUUAAGUACAAAUACAAGACAGUUCAUGAAAAUAUGUAUACUAAUGUGUAUUUUCAAUAAGCUUCUCUAUAAAAAAAAACAUCCUUGCCGUCAUAAUGCUGAAAAACCUUCAGACUGGAACAGCUGUAUGUGUGAAAAUGCUUUGCUAAGUGCAGUAACCUGCUUGGCUAGUGGUACAUCUGUCAUUCAUUUGCCCUGUUAGAUCUAUACAUAGAAGACCCCUUUCUUCCGUUUUCAGACCCUUUGUAUUUAAGUUAUGGGACCAACUGAAAUAUUUUUGGGACACAGGAUUGUAGUUCACUAAAGCUACUGUGCAAACAUUUCUAUGCAUUACCGUGACUGAGGAGGAGCCAGCAGAAUUGAUCGUAGGAGAGAUUACACAUAUUACAAGUUGAUUGUUGAGGAGAAGUUGGAGUUUUGCUUUUUAUAAUUGUGUUGAUUCGUACUUUGUUGAUAUUCAGAAAAUGUGCUUUACAUUUUAAUACUUGAAUAAAAAGUUAUGUUUGG